AUGUUUUGUGGACUAAUUAUUAAGCCAUCUCAAAAAGUUAAGCUUGACCCUACACAGGGAGAAAUUCUACAUUUAUCACAAGCUUGUUUAUCAGAACCUAAGGAUAAUGGACGUGUAUAUGUACAGGCUAUUGAAAAUAACAAAGCUAUUACUAUAUGUUCUUUACAAAAGGGGACUAUAGAACAUGCUAGUUUAGAUCUAUUUCUUUCUACAGGUUCUGAUAUUGAAUUAUCUGUCAUUGGUAAAAAUGAAGUUCAUAUUUCAGGUUUUUAUGAACCAGAUAUGCACGAAGAAGAUGAAUUUGAUGAUGAAGAUGCUAUGAUUGGAGUUUCUGAUGAAGAAGAGGAGGAAGUUAAGGAUGGUUCAAAUCGUAAUUUAAAAAGAAAGAUUCAACAUAGUGAAGAUUCUACAGAAGAAGAUCUUGGUGAAGAUGAGGAGAUUGAUAGUGAUGAAGCAGAUGAACUUGAUCUUGAAAAUUUAAUGGAUGAUGAAGAUAAUGAUGAAGAUGAAGAUAAUAAUGAAGAUGAUGAAGAUGAUGAAGAUGGUGAUAGCGAAAAGGAAGAACCUCCUGUACCUAUUAAAAAUACUAACAAACAAUCUAGUACUUCUCAGAAGACAAAAAAGUCUGAAGUUCAGGAACCAGUAAAAAAGAAGGUUAAACCUGAUUCAACUCAGAAUAAAGCAGAUCAAGCUUAUGAAAAUUCUAUUAUUGAAUUCUUAAAGAAAAAUGGACGUACAAACUUAGCAAUGAUUGGAAAUAAAAUUAAGAAACCUGAAGGAGUAACGAAGAAAUUAGGAGCAUUCAUUGCUGAAAGAUGUAAUUUAUUCAAGGUUGAAAAUAAUAUGAUUUCAUUAAUUAAGUAA